AUGCUGCCACGGGUAUAUCGACCUAGCAGGAUUCGGCGUGCCACUGACCUAGUUUUCAAAGGUGCAGUGCUCACCUGCGUCGGCAUUACUGUUGCCGGAACCUUGUUCACCGUUUCAGCCCUUGCGAAGUAUUACAUUUUCGACAAACCAGUGAACUCUCGCCAACGUCGGGAAUAUUUAGAGGCCAUUCUUAGGAAAGAAAAGCGCGAAAAGGAACUCGGUCUUCGGGACUGA